CGGUUCUGACUCUCGCCCCGCGGUUCCCCGGGCCCCGGCGAUGCGGCCCGCGGCAGGAGGAGCGGACGCCGGGCUCCGCUGGCUGGGCCUGGCCGCCCUGCUGGCCGCCCUGCUGGGCACCCCGUGCGCGGCGGCGCAUCAGGACGAUAAGGCCAUCUCCGUGCCGGACCACGGCUUCUGCCAGCCCAUCUCCAUCCCGCUCUGCACGGAUAUCGCCUACAACCAGACCAUCCUGCCCAACCUGCUGGGCCACACCAACCAGGAGGACGCCGGUCUGGAGGUGCACCAGUUCUACCCGCUGGUCAAGGUGCAGUGCUCAGCCGAGCUCAAGUUCUUCCUCUGCUCCAUGUAUGCCCCGGUUUGCACCGUACUGGAGCAGGCCAUCCCACCCUGCCGCUCCCUGUGUGAGCGGGCUCGGCAGGGUUGCGAGGCGCUCAUGAACAAGUUUGGCUUCCAGUGGCCGGAGCGGCUCCGCUGCGAGAACUUUCCCGUGCACGGCGCGGGCGAGAUCUGCGUGGGGCAGAACACGUCGGAUGCCCCGCCAGGGCCCGGUGGCGCGGGAGGUCGGGGAGCCACGGCGCAGCCCACUGCCGGCUACCUACCGGACCUCACCCCGCCGCAGCCCGCCGCCGGCUUCUCCUUUUCUUGCCCUCGGCAGCUCAAGGUGCCCCCCUACUUGGGAUACCGCUUCCUGGGGGAGCGGGACUGUGGAGCCCCCUGUGAGCCGGGCCGGCCCAACGGGCUCAUGUACUUCAAGGAGGCGGAGGUACGUUUUGCCCGGCUCUGGGUGGGCGUGUGGUCUGUGCUCUGCUGUGCAUCCACCCUCUUUACUGUGCUUACCUACCUGGUGGACAUGCGCCGCUUCAGCUACCCGGAGCGACCCAUCAUCUUCCUCUCGGGCUGCUACUUCAUGGUGGCGGUGGCUUACGCGGCAGGAUUCCUGCUGGAGGAGCGGGUAGUAUGCCUGGAGCGCUUCUCUGAGGAUGGCUACCGUACCGUGGCCCAAGGCACCAAGAAAGAAGGCUGCACCAUCCUCUUCAUGAUCCUCUACUUCUUCGGCAUGGCCAGCUCCAUCUGGUGGGUCAUACUGUCCCUCACAUGGUUCCUGGCAGCUGGCAUGAAGUGGGGCCACGAGGCCAUCGAGGCCAACUCCCAGUACUUCCACCUGGCUGCCUGGGCCGUGCCCGCUGUCAAAACCAUCACCAUCCUAGCCAUGGGGCAGGUGGACGGCGAUGUGCUCAGCGGGGUGUGCUAUGUGGGCAUCUACAGCGUGGACUCACUGCGGGGCUUCGUGCUGGCACCGCUCUUUGUGUACCUCUUCAUUGGCACCUCCUUCCUGCUGGCCGGCUUUGUGUCAUUGUUUCGCAUCCGCACCAUUAUGAAACAUGAUGGCACCAAGACGGAGAAGCUGGAAAAGCUGAUGGUGCGCAUUGGGGUCUUCAGCGUCCUCUACACAGUCCCUGCCACCAUUGUCCUGGCAUGCUACUUCUAUGAGCAGGCCUUCCGUAGCACCUGGGAGAAGACGUGGCUCCUCCAGACGUGCAAAACCUAUGCUGUGCCCUGCCCUAGCCACUUCGCCCCCAUGAGCCCGGACUUCACAGUCUUCAUGAUCAAGUACCUCAUGACCAUGAUCGUUGGCAUCACAACGGGCUUCUGGAUCUGGUCUGGUAAAACCCUACAGUCCUGGCGGCGCUUCUACCACAGACUGAGUACCGGCAGCAAGGGUGAGACGGCGGUAUGAGACCUCCAGCCGCCCUGGCACACGCAGAAGAGAGGGUACUCGGCAGAAGGGAGGCAACAGCGGCUCCCUGAAGACGGAGGAAGGGGGGAGGCUUUUCAAAACUUUGGCUUUCUCACAGCGGGGUUAAAAAAUGAUCACUACAUAAAGGACUACGUGCACUGUGUCCAAUGGUGCUUACGCCCGGCUGAGAGGAAAAGCACAGAAAGAGGCCUCUGCCGGGGCGGGAGAGCCCUUCGCUUUCCAGACAGCCCCCUCUCUUUUCCCUGUGCAGGAAGGAAACCAACGCGGCCGAGGCCACCCCGGGCGGGGAGAAGGCGCAGCGCCGCCCCGCCCGCGGGCCGCCCGACUCCGAGCCGCUGGGGUCAGGCGGCCCCCGGGCUCUCAUGCAGCUCGGGGCGAGCACGUGAGUACCCCGCGGGCAGCGCGGUGCUCAGCCGCCUCCGCUCCGUCGCUUACACGUUCCUGUUUUACCUCAAUGAUACCCGGUGUUCGCAUUUCGAAGGGAGUGGAAAUUCGGCCCUCGGUCUGUUGUUUUUUGCUGCUGCGGGGAAAGAGGGGGCUGCCUUUCCACACCCUUUCUGAAAAGAAAUGACUUGUUGCUUUUCAGCAGAAGGCUUUUCCCCCCUUGCCUUUGUUCUAGGAGACAAAGGGGGAAACAAAAGUGUUUUCUGAACAGAAAGGCGUAAGCAUGGGAUCGGUUUUUAUGGGCAAAGUAACAAAAAGAAGUCGCUGAGGUUCACCCUUGGAUGUGAGGAGCUCGCAGAAAUAAACAUUCCUUUUGUGAGGAGUGGAGGAGGCGGAAUGUUACCCGCUCGGGACGGGCUGCUUUUCUACGCGGAAGGAAACGCGGGAGACCGAGAGGGACAGAAGAGCGUAACUGGGAGCACCUGCCAAAACGAGACCAUACAGCACGGAACGCUGAUAUACGAUUCCCUCCCGUAACGCUGCUUUCUCCCCCGCUUCCCAGCGGGGCUGCCGCAGGUGAAGCCAACGCCCCGAACUGGCCCCUGGGUGCAGCCGUACCACCGGGGGCUCUCGGCGCCGAUCUGCGGCACAGCGGCCCCGGGCCGCUCUAACCGCCCUCCGCGGCCGCGGGGAGAGCCGUUCGCUCCGGCUCCAACACGGCUGCUCGGCGUUCCAGAGAUCACGUCUUGGAAAGACGUGCAAAAAUUGAUCAUUAAAUCCAUCGGUUUCGUUUUGAAAUGUGACAGAUUUUUCUAUUAAUUUUUAAUGUCGCCACGUUCAUUUUUAAUGUGUUACGAACUGCUUUACCUUUAUAUUCACUGAAGGGUUCUUUUUUGUAAGUGUGUGUGUGUGUAUUCUUGUCUAAGGACAAAAUAGGAAAGUCUGGAUUUUCAGCAGGUCUCCACUCUAUGGCUGCUUCUUUUUUUUUUUUUUUUUUUUUGAGUGGGAAAAGAGUGUCUGGAAGUCAAAGAGAUCGGAGGGCUGAGGUUGAAGGUGCGGGCUGCAGGCUGGGGGAACGCCGACCACAUCCUUCAGGGCAGCUGAUCCCGGGCUUGGGGUUUUGUCUUCUACUACGUGCACGUGGGGAAAGACGUGAACUGUGAGACAAGUGCAGUAUGUAUAUUUUGUAAAUCUCCUUUUUGUAAGAAAAUAUGUAUUUAUGUUUUUACUUGAUUUUUUUUUUCUUGAAGGUCUGUAUGAGGCCCUGCUUCAUCCCAUGUACAGAUCACCAAAUAAAUGAUUUUUAAUACAAGGGCUCUGAAGUUUUUUCAGUCUUUGAACGCUGUUCCAGAAAGGGGACGGUCCUGAACGUCCUUGCCUUGUCCUCCCCUCGGGCUUUGCUUGGGGCACGCAGAGCACAGCCGUUUGAGUAAAUUCACAACUGAGGAGAAACUCAAAGCAACUUCCACUGGGCGUUUCACACCUAUUGGCCCCUAACAAUAGGAGAUGAGGGUUUGAGGUUCUUCCAAACGUUUGCCCUCACUUGAGGUUUCAUUCUAGGCUCUGCAUCUUGGCAAGCUGAUCAUCUUCGUUU